AUGGCUCCUCAACGCGCCUCUUUGCGCACAGUUCCUUCCACUCGUCUUAAUCCACCAUCCAUCCACUUCAACCGUGAAAAGGUCAAAGCGGGUAAUUCUGAGACUGAGCCACCUCGCGAAACCCACUUCAUCUUCAAGCAGUUCGAACUCUCAGCUUCUGACCUUUCCAGUGAAAGCUCUCUUAUUGAAACUCCACGAUCAUCUGAGCAGGCUUCCUCCUCCAUAUCCACUUCCCAUCUAACUGACGUCGUUCACUAUACAAAGCGAAGGCGUUUACAAACCGAAGUAGACACUUUCGACUCUUAUCCUUCCCAUCAUCGUCACUCUCACUUCACCAGCUGUGCUCCCGGACCUGAAGAGUUUUUUGGCCUUGAUCACCAAAAGUACCCUAGAGAUCACAUUUUCCAGAAUUUUGAACAGGGUUCUGCACGCUCCAGCCUCGAGACAAUACUGCCCACUGAAUUUCCCUAUCGCGGAAAAACGGGUUCCUGUAACAGCAAAAGGCUGCGGGGGAAAGGGUAUGUCGGUGGUAGUUCUACGGAGGAUAUAUUCAGUGAUCAAAACCAACAGGCAGACGCUGGGCUAUUCUCAUCGACUGCGCAUCAAAAAGACAUCGAGAUGCCGGCUGAUCAAGGUGAACAAACUCAGAAGACCCUCGUAACAAAGGUUUUAAUACGUGGGUCACGAGGUCAAGAAGAUACCGAUGCACCCGGUGGUAGUGGUGGUUCAAGUUGGUUCCGAUCAUUCACGUGCUUUGCCAACAACGAUGAGGAUGAACAAGUCGCAAUAGAUCUUUCUGGUGGCUCAAAUCAAGUCAGUAAGACGAAUCCGCACGCCUCAGUGUCUACUCCAUCUGGGCCCCCAGGCGCUUAUCUCCCUGAUGGUCUUGUCUUCUCGAAUCCCGUUCCAUCGGCAGCCCUGCACAAUCUUCCGGGCUCCUCCGCAUGCAGUGGUGGGAUCCUGCGAUGCGUCUCCUCCCUUUCUGCCUCAAUAUCAUCGUCAGCUUCGUCUAGACUGCGUCCACAUCGCGGUCCGCCGUCGGGUAGACACGACUCAAGUAAAAGAAGUAUCCCUGGGCCCAGUGGCGGCAGGUCAGCGGGUCGUGCCUCUCAGACCUCAAGUGGAAAUGGUGUCUACAUUCAGCAUCAUCAUCACCAUCAUGCGCAGACAUCGACGCAGCAGCAGCAACAACCACAGCAUCAACAGCAACAGGGCUCGGGCAUUAAUUAUCGCAUUUUACAACUCAAGCUGGCUUUCGGGGAUGUGGCCUCGCAGUUGGUUCUGCUGCAGGAGAUUAAUCAGGCCCUUCUUAUGGGUUCGGAUGAAUCACUUGCGGGUCUCGCUGUACAUGACCUUGUAUCGGCCAUUGUGGAUCUCUUGGACUCCGAGAAGUCACUGGCUUCUCUACCGGAUGAGGAGGUGGUCGAGCUGAAGAACCUCAGUUGUAAUAUCCUCGCACACCUCAUGGACGUGAUGCCUAAGGCUGCGGACGCGGUAGUGAUGGCCGUGCCUCUCCUUCUCAAUACCAUGUCUUGUAGCUUCGUUGGUGACAUUCUGGAGAGAAUUAUCAACGUUCUCGAACAGGUUUCUCGACGGAAUGGACGACAGGUUUUGCUCUAUGGUGGUGUCACUACGGUAAUGGGCUACUACGAUUUCGUGACGGUGGCGCAACAUCGAACAAUCCUCUCCAUGGUAGCGAAUUGUUUUGCCGAUGUGCGCCGUGACGACUUUUUCACUCACAUUGUCGGCUGUUUGCCGAGCCUGUGCGAGCGUCUGGCUUGUGAAGGUCCUGGCUCCUCCACUGAACCACGGUGUGUGGAACGCGUCUGCCUCUGCUUCGCUCGUCUCAUUGAGGCCUUUAAAGGCGAGCCAGAGAAGCUGAGAGAAAUCGCCUCUUUUGGACUGUGCCAACAUCUCAAGCAUCUGAUGAUUGCCUCGCCUCCCAUCGUUUCCAACAUGAAGGACAUUGCCUACAUGCUUGCAACGCUGUGCACAUACUGCCCUGACCUGGCUGUUGAUAUUCUAACAAUGGGCUAUGCGGAGACUAUCUACACUUUACUGACAGAUCAAAAGCCCCACGAAAUGACUUUCCACUUACCAGGUCCAAAAACCCAUAUGACUGGACCAAGGUGUACCUCGAGUCGAACGAAUAUUGCUCGAUGCCUGGAGAAUCGUGGAGUCGAGAAUGUCUAUGCCAUAAUUCACCUCAUAAGCGCGAUGCUUCCUCCUAUUCAAGACAAUGGUGUCAUCCUCUGCCCGCCAAAUAUCUUCACCUCACGUACGUCAACAAGCACUGCCAAAACAACCGACGUACGAACAGUGCUGUUUCAACAGCAGUGCAAAGCCUUUGAGGAUAUUGUGAGCCGUGGGAAGAGGAAAACCAUCGUGGAUGAUAGUGAAAAGACUCGAGGAGAUGCUGAUGCUAAUGCCGGCUCUAGCAAAUCUAAUAACUUGGUAUUAGUAAGAACGGUUCAUCUGCUUCUUCCCAUGCUUCUUGAUCUCUACACCGAGCUGAAUAGUACUGCCCCAAGAAUGGAAUGUAUUGAAGCCAUUCGGAGAAUUGUUUACAAUGCCAGUCCUUUUGUGCUCUCCUGGAUGGUGUCGCCUCGUUCAAUGUCUGCCAUGGUCGCCGACAUGCUUGGCAGCCCUGAGUUUGCCUUGAUUGCGGCCGGUCUGCAACUUGCCAACCUCUUUAUCACACGCAUCCCUCAAGUCUUCGCUAUUUACUUCCGCAAAGAGGGCGUUCUUUUUCACCUCCAGCGACUUUCCUCUCUGGCCUCGGAGAAUAAUAAGAAGGAGGACGGUUCUGGCGCUGAGGAAUCUGAAACACCGGCCUCCUCUGAGGCGAAUAAGCAAGUACUCUUUACGCCUUUGAUGGCUACACUCCAAGCCAGUCCCACCGUUUCUUCGGCUUCAUUAGCACCUCCUCAACACCCAAGGUCAUCGUCCCAUUGGAUUUCAGGGGUUUCACCAACACUCUCCUCUGCUGUGGCUGAUCAAUCUGCGUCUUCACGUCUUCGAUUGCGAUCUCAGAGUCCCAAUAUAUGUGAUAUGAAUGUCUUAGAGCCCUUGGCACAGGCGACUCCAGAAUCAUCCAUUUCUUCGUCGUCUUCCUCAUCUUCCACACUCGAUAUAGACCUGAAUGCAGAGGCCGCUCAAGCUUCUCCCAGUGCAACUGCUACCUCUGAUGUUGCUGGUAGUUGCCACGACAGUAAUCUCCGCGCCUGGAUUACGGGUCAGUGCCAAGAUCUUUACGAUCGCAUCCAAGUGCUCGUAGGGAAUCCACCGAGGCCCGACACCCUGGCGUCGAAGGCGUUGGCUGGGUCGGGAUCCGGAGCGGUGGGAAACAGGAAGGCGACGCGUCGACACUCUUCCUCUUCCCCCACCCUGCAGACCCCACAGGGAGUGAUUCCGCGUGACCUCGUACCCGAGUUGGAGGCGCUGAGUCAUCAACUGAUGGCCGCCGACGAGCCGGCUGCAUGGGUCACCGGUCUAACACGUCUCGCCAACCUGCUGACUCAAACCAUCCUCUCCGAGGAUGAGGCUCCGUCUCCGUUCGAGGUUCAACAAAGUGGUCUGCUGGACUCUCUUCACGUCUUUCUAACGCAACCCACAGAGAGGAAAUUAAGACUCUUCUUGCUACUGAGGCUCUUCGUGGGACCGCAGUAUACCGAAAACAUAAAUUUAAAGAAAAUUGUCGAAAAACCUAAGAUUUUGGCCCAGGCUAAAAGCGCGCUGCAGUCCCUGAAACACCAGAACAACGAGCGGUCGGUGUAUGAACUCGCCUUCCCAAUGCUCAUCACCUGCCUCCUUGACUGUCUUCACCAACAGGAGCACUUUCAAGUUGUGACUGGUCCCACCUCCCUGGCCAAUGCAGAGGCUUGUGCAGAAGAAGCACUGGUGUUGGUGGAUCAGGGCAGCGGCGAAAGUAAUGACUCCCAGGUCGAAACGCGACAUAGACGUAGCGGCGCAAUGUCUAAUCGAAGGGUAGGUAGUGGAGGGGAAGGAGGCGGCCCUUCACACUCCCCCUGUGAUCAACCGCCACUCCGUCCAUUACCCCGUCGUUGGGCUACUUUGAUGCCGGGUUUUCUCAAACUGGAACUGGUUCGACAAGUGGACGAGCCCCCCAGUACUGCUAUCACCACCGCCACCUCCUCGUCCUUGUCAAGGAAAACGGCGGCAGAGGGCGAGGCCUCAGGAAAAGGCACCUUCUGGGAGAACGCCCCUACCACUCUACCUAUUCACGCUAAUGCGCUCAUCACAAUUUCGCCUCGUUUUUGGCUCUACACAACGGCUAAGGAGCUGGGCCUGUCGGUCGUCAGGCUUCUGAUGCGCAAAAUUCAAAAUAUCGAAACAAACCUUCAGCGUCUAUUAAUACAGCGAAGUUUCAUCACUUCAAUAAUGUGUGGACCCGAGGAUCAUCGCGAUAUUCGAUCCAUAGGCGAAGAGAAUGUUGGUUUACCCUUCACACACCCCACUUCUCAACAUAUUCCCCAUCGACGACGAUUCUACCGUCGUCACGAGCUGCCUGCAUCACCUAUUGAGGACCCGACCUCAUCAAAGACGCGCUCUGUUCACUACUCCUCCGCAUUUGACAAUUCACGGCAUGAAAAGGCUCCUGCUCACUUAUCUCCUAGCUCUCAGCCCCAUGAGGCACUUAAUCUAAGUCUCGACCAUGAUGCUGACGCUGACAAGGCGUCUACUUCAAAGUCUAGAGAAGCUUCGCGUCCCAAAAGCAUGUCCCUUCUGGCGGCUUUCGGAAUGCUCCAGUUCGCUGGCUCCUCCACAUCACCCCCUUCUUCAAUGGCAGCAGCAGCAGCCCCCGCGUUCUCCUCUCGGCCCCCUGUUCUCCCAGAGACAGUCUCUAACGUGCUGCAUUCCCAUGGCCGGCCCGGUGUAAGGAAGGACUACUCCCACUCGCAACAGACGCACCCACAUCAGCACCACCCCACAUCAAAUCGUCAUCAACGCCAGCACCAGCAUCAACACCAUCCAUCAGCUCAUCCCGCCCUUGCUGCCUCCUGUGUGGUGGGUGACCUCUUUGAGAACGCUACGCUUGGUGGUGGAGGUAUGCACGCUGUGGUGCCAGUGAUUUACGUCGGCGGAACGCGUGUUCCAGACCGAAUGCCGCUUUAUCAGGCCAUUCGUGCGUUCUCCAUGGAUGUCAUUGAGCAGAGUCGCCAACUUUUGGCUGAUCAUCGGUUCUCGAUGACUGAGCAAAACCGGGAAGACAGGAUAAAUGCUUUCAUGUGGCGUCAUAUUCACACGGUUCACUACCGUUUGGAGAAGACUACUGUUUCCGCCGUAUCCUCAUCAUCAACCACCUCUUUUGCUGACUCUCCAACGGCUCUAUUGUCUCCUGCCUCUCUCUUCCUGAGGGGUGUGACUUCAGGCAUUUCAGGGGGCAUUUUGGCUCCUUCCUCGGCCUCUGCACCCAGUACCCCCACAGCUAACUUCAAUUCAAGUACCACCACCAUCACCGCAAGCAGCACAAACACCAAGCACUCACCCACCUCGUCUCUCUCUGCAGCAAUAAGCUGUUUGAAGCGACCACGACGUCUCGACGAGAUGUCCAAUCUGCCGACUCAGUCAACGGGCAAAUCACCGUCCUCACGACUUCUGACUUUCCUGGAGCCGUUUACAGAUUUCUACGCCAUUUCUAACGGCUACAUGGCUCCCACUUUGUUUCUGCUUCGAGCUCUUUAUGGGCUGUGCGAGGUCGGAAAUACCUUAGACGACUUGAUCGAACCUUUCCCCAUCAUUCCUGCGGAUCAUUUCCAAAGUCCAAAACUCUCUGCCAAGGCAUCACGUCAGCUGCAGGAUGUAUUCUGUGUGCUUGCAGGCAAUUUGCCCAGUUGGUUGGUGCAAAUCAUCACCACAUGUCCCUUCCUCUUCCCCUUCUCUGUUCGACAGAACUUCUUCUAUGUUCACAACUUUGACCGGGACCGAACUAUUCUUCAUCUGCAAGAUUCCAUCCUAAACGGAUCCAUGGAUAAUGAAACGCCAGGUGGUGGCAACGGUAGUGGUGGUGGUGGUGGCGGCGGCGUAAAUGCAGGAAUAGGCGGCGUCGGUCACUCCUCAUCUCCCCUACCACGCCUCCCUCAUUAUUACCAUUCCUACGGCGCUUUUCGUCUUGGUGGCUUUGAUGGUGGUGCCAAUUCUGCCACUGCCAUCCUCGAAAGCCUCCUCAUGGAGUCGGUUUCUCAAGUUCAACGGUACAAGAUAACAGUUCAUCGUGAUCCCAAGCGUCUACUCCGUGCUGCGGAGUCGGCAUUGAAUGAGCUCCGCGAUUCGCGUUCCAUUCUCGAGAUUGCCUUUGAGGGGGAAGUAGGUUUUGGUCUUGGACCAACUCUGGAGUUCUACACGCUGGUGAGUCACCAGCUCAUGACUGCUAGUCUAAAUCUUUGGCAUGGACACAACUACACCGAUGAGGGCUACAUAAUUGCACCCGCUCCUGGACUCUAUCCCAGACCCUUGGCCAAAAAUUUGCGUUCUUCACAGUCAAGAGAAGUGCGUGCGAAAUUUUUCUUCCUCGGCCAAUUGAUGGCGCGUUCGUUGCUAGACUGGCGACAGUUAGAUCUCUCCUUGUCGCCGACCCUGUUCAAGUGGUUCCUCUACACCCAAUCACCGGAGGAGGACUUGGUUCUCUGCAGUCCUCGUGUGGGUGUCACUGCAGCUGACCUGGCGUUAGUGGAUCCCCCCUUCGCAAAACACUUCCAAAGCCUCUUAAAAAUGAGUCGACGAAGGCAGGAGCUCCUAGAAGGCAGUAAAACUGCUGUGAUGGCUGCUGAGGAGGAGGUUCGAGCUAUCGACACGGAAAUUGAUGAUCUCUAUCUCUCGUUUGUACUUCCUGGCUAUCAGAUCGAGCUGUGCCGAGGUGGGUUGCAAAUAGCGGUUACUGGGAGCAAUCUGGCCGAGUAUCUCUACCUCUGUGCUAACUGGUUCCUCGUGGAGGGGGCUCGACGCCAGGUCAUCGCACUCAUUGAAGGCUUCGACUCCGUAUUGCCGGGCAUUCGAACUGGCAAGUUGGCCACCCUCUUCCGCCCGGACGAGUGUGAGGGCCUUUUUUGCGGCUCAGGUGGUUUCGGGGGUCUGUAUCGCGAUCAGUUGGCUUUGCUACGCACCUCUUCCCUCGUUUCUUCGAUGCCGUCGUUUGUUACGGCCACGAAGUCCGCCUCUCCUUCAUCUUCAGCGGUGGCUGCGGGCUGGGAUGUCGACACACUCAUGAAAUCCUGUCUCUGUGAUCACGGCUACACCCUGCAGUCGAAGGCUAUUCAAUACCUCUUUGAGAUUAUGUCAGAAUUUGAUGAGCCGCGCCGACGCCUCUUCAUUCAGUUCGCCACUGGCAGUCCACGUCUCCCCAUCGGAGGAUUUCGUGCAUUGAAGCCACCAUUGAAGAUAGUAAUGAAGCGGGAAGCCGAGGAGCGCGCUGAUCAGCAUUUGCCCUCAGUGAUGACAUGCCAGAAUUAUCUGAAGUUGCCGAACUACUCAACGAAGGACAUUAUGCGAGAGAAGUUGCUCUAUGCCAUCUACGAGGGCCAGCACGCUUUUCAUCUCUCCUAG